AGGAUGGCGCUUGGAAGUUGAUAAAGUGCUGAACUGGAGAUGAUGUAACCUGGCGAACAUAUCCCCUGGGAGAGGCAGCAGCACGGUCACGCGAUGCACCGAGACGUAGUGAUCCAGUGUGUUGGUCAGAGCCCCACUAAUCUUGGGGGAGAAAGAUGGGAUAUUGACUGAGGAUAAGAUCCUUCGCACGCAACUGUCAACGUCGUCUACUUUGAUCCUGCCGGCGCCCUCGCUGUCAUACUCUCUCCAUGCCUCCUCAAAUUUGGAGAUAUCAAGCUGAUAUUUUCCAGAUCUCAGUUCAUUAAUGACGCUUCUAGACUCUUCCGAUAAUAGCAUCCUGUGGAAUGUAGCGAACAUUAUGUUUCUCCUCGUGUUCCUCCCCCUCUUGAUCCCCCUGGGAGAUACAGCAGAUCUGGUGCCACAGCGACCUCCAGAUAUAUCUAUGAGUACGCGACCACAAACCAGCACACAAUCUCCUCCAACAACCAAGAGCCCUAAAGUCUCCUGGUUCAUGAAAAACUACACCGCUAAUUUUACGGGUCCCCCAACUCACACGAAACCACCGCCUGACAAGCAGCACGUGAGCGCCUCCUUCAGCUACUCAUUCCAAGGAUUCCUUAGCAUGGUUGUAGACUUUUCCUCCACACCACCCCUCACUGUUGGCCCAACAGAUGGAACAGGUUGGAUUGAUAACACCACGGGCAAGGAGGACUCCUCUAGUGACAGCUCCACAACUUACAACGGUGUAACGACAUCCACAGGGGAUGAAGCUGAUACUAAGGGAGCUGUAACCCUGAUACCAGGUGAUAGAUCACCCGGGACGGGUGACAGGACUACUAGAUAUAUGGAUUCAAAAGAUGGUGAUAUCGAGAAUAGCACGACUGUGUGUGUUUUUGGGGAGGCUGACCCCAGGGUGGUUGAUGUGGUGGUUUACCUGACUGUUGAUUUGGUUAUCUCUGUGCUGGCUCUUAUCCUUAGUGGAACUCAACUUGUUAUCUGGUACCGCACAAAGGAGGCCCGGCUAACAAACAGAUCACGUCUUGAAGGUGCUUGGCACGUCACCUACUGCACGUGUUGUCUCGUUGUUCUUGUGACGUCAUCGCUCUACUGGAUCGGUGCCAAGUUAACGUUUCCGCUUGACUUCCUCCUGCUCUGUACCCAUUUACUUCGCACCAAAGCUGCUCAACUGCUCGUGGCAAAGAUGUUGCUGUCUUGGAAGAAGAUUUCCUGUUUUGCUGGUACCUUGCUCUUCUUACUCGACAUCGCUUGGUUUUCCUUGUCAUUUUCCCUCACAGCAAUCAUGAUGGACGGCUGCCAGUUUUGUCAACGAACUUUAUUAUCACGAGAUUGUUUGGCAAACAAUAUCGUUGACUUCAUCGGAGUGUGUGGAGGUACGGUAGUUUAUUGCGGAGUUAAAUUUUGUGGGCUUCUUGCUGAUAAAAUACAACAUUCUAGAAAACUCUACAGUCAGAUUCCUAAAAACUCUACUUAUUUGGUAAACCACUCUAACGGAAGAGUAAUUAAUGGCGAAACAAACGUUCAGCUGAAAUCAAAGCGGUGGCAGAAUUCAAUUUCACGCGUAUCCAUGCUAUUUUCAGUGUGUCAUCAAGUUUUGAGUUGUUUAUUUAUUUUUGGAAUCUUUCCAAGCGAUUUUUGACCAAACUAAGCUUUCGCCUUUAAAAGUUCACAGUAUAUAAACAUUAAAUUGAAGAUAGCAAUAUCCAAUAAGACUGACCCUCAUAUAAACAGUUUCAAUUUCAAUUUUAAAACUUAUGUCUAGUCCGAAGUUACAUGAUGUAUCUAUAUACUAAGUCUAAACAGUGCAAACGUACCGCUGCUCAGCAUGCAGCGCAAGUAGCCUGUAGCCGCAUUUUGCAAGUCAAAUUCAAUCCUGUUUCCCCGCAAGAUUGCAGGUCUGUG